GGGUUUGAAUCCGCGCACUUCCGCGUUUGAUCGAGCAGUUUGAGGUGUUUACUGUCAUCGGUGCGAAUAAACUUGACUUUUCUUCGCUGACCUGCUGCUUCCAGCGAGUUUUCUGACAGGAUUUGAGUUCACGCUGUGUUCAGGGAAUAUGAGCUGAAAAUGCCGUCCGUGUCCACCGGAGUGAAGGAUCUGUAUCUGUCCACAUCACUGGGCGAUCUGAACAAGAAAGCAGAAAUCAAGCCGGAUAAAACCAGCACCAGACACUAUGUCCAGAGCGCCUGUAAGAUCUUCAAAGCGGCUGAGGAGUGUCGUCUGGACCGCGAUGAGGAGAAAGCGUAUGUCCUCUACAUGAAGUACCUGACCGUCUAUGACCUCAUCAAGAAGAGACCGGACUUCAAGCAGCAGCAGGAUUUCUUCCUGUCUAUGCUCGGACCGACCAGCUUUAAAAAGGCCAUUGAGGAGGCAGAGAAGCUUUCAGAGAGUUUGAAGCUCCGGUAUGAGGAAGUAGAAGUGCGCAAACAGCUGGAAGAGAAAGAGAGAAAGGAGGAGAGGAGUCGGCGAGAAGAAAGAAUUGAAAAAGAUGGCCGUGCUUCCCUGAGAGGAGCUUCAGAGAAGAAGGACAGUAAGAAGCAGGUUAAAGAGGAGCCCAAUAACAGCGGAUGUGAUAAAGGAAGCAUCAGCGCUAAGGAUCUGUUCCAGCUGAUGAAGGAUCCCAGUAUAAGUGUGCUGGUGAUGGAUGCACGGAGCAGGCAGGACUUCGAGGAGUCUCAGAUGUGUGUCCCGUCUCAGACGUGUAUCAGUGUUCCUGAGGAGGCCAUCAGUCCAGGGAUGACGGUGAAUCAGAUCGAGCUGAAGCUCCCUGAAGUGUCUCUGGACGACUGGAAGCGCCGUGGCUUCGUGGAUUACGUGGUUCUUCUGGACUGGUUCAGCUGCGUCUCUGACCUCAGACUGGGCUCCACUCUACAGAGCCUGAAGGACGCUCUCUAUAAGUGGGACAGCAGCACUAUCCUGCGCAGUGAGCCUCUGGUGCUGGACGGAGGUUAUGAAAGCUGGCUGCUCUUUUAUCCGAUGUACACCAGCAACGCUAAAGUCAGACCCCCUCGACAGCAGACGGCCAGCAGCCUGCCCCAGCUGAACUUCUCGUACCCGUCUCUGGAGGAGCCCAAACCCGUGAGUGUGUGUGAGGAGCCUGCAGCGGCCCCGCAGCUCAACGGCAGGAGCAGUGACCCGGAGCCGCCCACAGAGCCGCCCGCAGCCACACCGGCGCCGCUCACACAGCCUGCUAAAGCAGAGCCCCCCUCCGCUCCCACCGCCUCGCCCCGACACACUCCACAGGUGGACCGCUCCAAAAAACCAGCCGUCAAACCGGCAGCGAGCGCUAAGCUCAGCGAGGAGCCCCCGGUUAGCGACGCCCCCGCGGCACACAACGGCCCCGUGGUCCCUGACCGCUCCGGCAAACCCCCGCUGGACCCCUCCAGAGCCCUGAGCGAGGAGGAGCGCCGGGAGAUCCACGCCCAGACACUCGGCCUGAUGGAGAAAGCUCGGAGAGAGCAGGAGCAGCGCAAACGAGCCCUGGAGGAGAAAGAGCAGAGCGACAGGAAGAAGGAGGAGGAGAAGCAGCAGGACAGGAAGAAGCUGGAGAGACAGACGGCAGAAGAAGAAGAGCAGGGAGACGCCAGAGACGACAAGAACAGGAGAACACAGAAAGAUGUGCCUCUGGACCCUGCCAUGAAGAGCAUGUCCCUGGAUUCACCUGCUCCCUUCAGUGCUAGGGAGCCGCUGACGCGAGCACACAGUGAGGAGAUGGGUCGGACCGUCCCUGGGCUGCCGGACGGCUGGAUGAAGUUUCUGGACACGGUGACGGGCACCUACAGAUACUACCACUCUCCCACCAACCGCGUGCACCUGUAUCCUCCGGAGGUCCACACGCCUCAGGUCCAGCCCAAAGCCAAGCCUCCGCCGGCCGCCGAGAGCGAGAAGGAGAAGGAGCAGGAGCGCAAGAGAGAGAAGGAGCGGGAGAGAGAGCAGUCCAAACUCAAACGCUCGUACUCGUCUCCAGACAUCAGCCAGGAGCUGAGCGGCGAGAGAAAACCUGCAGCUAUACCCACCUUCAACAGAGAGAACAAGCCGCUGACCGCCGCUGCGUACACUAAGGUGGAGAUCACUCGUCCGUCUGCAGCGAAGAUCCGGAACCUGAACCCGGUGUUUGGGGGUCAGGGGCCGUUGCUAACGGGCCUCCGUAACCUCGGCAACACCUGCUACAUGAACUCCAUCCUCCAGUGUCUGUGUAACACAGUCGCCAUGGCGGAGUACUUCAACCGGAACUACUAUCAGGACGACAUUAACCGGGCCAAUAUUCUGGGUCAUAAGGGCGAGGUGGCCGAGGAGUUCAGCGUCAUCAUGAAGGCGCUGUGGUCAGGACAGUAUAAAAUGAUCAGCCCGCAGGAUUUUAAAGGCACCAUCUGUAAGAUCAACAACCGCUUCUCCAGCUACGAGCACCAGGACUCUCAGGAGCUGCUGCUGUUCCUGAUGGACGGCCUUCACGAGGACCUCAACAAGGCGGAUAAACGGCGCGGCUAUAAGGAGGAGGACAUCGAUCAUCUGGACGACGUGAGCGCUGCGGAGCUGGCCUGGUCCAAACACAAGCUCCUGAACGAGUCCAUCAUCGUGGCUCUGUUUCAGGGUCAGUUCAAGUCUACGGUCCAGUGUAUGAGCUGCCAGCACAAGUCACGCACCUUCGAGACCUUCAUGUACCUGACUCUGGAGAUGACCCCCAGCAGCAAGUGCUCUCUACAGGACUGUCUGAAGCUCUUCUCUAAAGAGGAGCGUCUGACCGACAGCAACCGCUUCUACUGCCGCCACUGCAAGACUCACCGAGACGCCAUCAAGAAGAUGCAGAUCUGGAAAGUUCCGCCCAUUUUACUCGUACACUUGAAACGGUUUAAAUACGACGGCCGCUGGAGAGAGAAGCUGCAGACGCUGGUAGACUUUCCUCUGGAUAACCUGGACCUCACACAGUACGUGAUCGGACCCAAACAGAACCUGAAGAAGUACCACCUGUACGCUGUGUCUAAUCAUUACGGAGGGAUGGACGGUGGUCACUACACAGCUUACUGUAAGAAUCCUGUGAAGCAGCGCUGGUUCAAGUUCGACGAUCACGAGGUGUCUGACAUCUCCGCCUCCUCCGUCCGCUCGGCUGCCGCCUACAUCUUCUUCUACUCCUCUCUAUGAGGGUCGGCGAUGGGUCGUAACCAUGGCGACGGGAGAUUGAUGCAUGUCUGACAUGCAGCUAUGGGUGGAGCUAAAGCCCUUUGCUUGAAGACUGAUGGACACUUCUGCUGAGGGAACGUCCUCUCUCUCUCUCUCUCUCUCUCUCUCUCUCUCUAUGUCUCUCUCUCUAUGUCUCUCUCUCAGUGGGCGGUUCAGGGGCGUCUGUAGCAGGAGUCUGAACACAGGAGCCUCGUCCCGCUCUGGACCGUGUGAGAUUAGACGUCCAUAUAUGCACACUAUAAUCUAAGCCGCUCAUUAGACGUGCACCUGAUGCUUAGGGAGAUGCGUUUCAUUUAUUUAUAUGGUGACCAAAUAUGACGGGUGCUGCCGGAUCGAAGGCGAGGAAUCACUCACAGACUCACUGGUGUUUGUUCACACCGCUUGGGCCCCGCUCUCUGUAGGCUAGUGUUCAGGGACCCGCUAACCUCCGCAGCGCAGUAACCCUCAUCGACUGAGAGGACCCGAUCGCAGCGGCCCCGGGGCCUUCAUAUCACACAGCUGUGUCUCUGUACUAAUACUCAUCUGAAUCAGAACGGCUGCGGCAUGAGCUUCUGAUGGACUGACUCGUUCUCUCACCUGUUUCUUAUAAUAUUAAGCGCAUUCUUUAAAUCCAUGUAUUAGCCUAUAAACCUUAUACAUGCAUAAAUAAAACAGAAGUAACACACGUGC